GCCCUUUGAAAAACACACACAAAGAAAUCAGUGCCCACGGGAAAGCUGCAUUUUGCCUGGUUUGGGAAACUUUCAGAUAACUGCCCGCUGGAGUCCGAGGUGCGCCGUGCGCCCCUGAGCAGCCGCGGUCGCGGACACCGCACCGCACCGCGCUUGGCCGCGGCUCUCGGCUGAAGGAAUCCCCACAUCGCCUCCAGGGAGCAGCGCUGCAGAUCCUUUCUAACAGCAAGUCUGCUUCUUCUCUCCAUACCUUUUUUAAUAAGAAUUUUAAGGGAUUCUCCUUGGGGAAAGGCAGAACUUCUUGAGAGACAAUUUCAGCGACAGCUCUCAAACCUACUUUGGGGUCUUAAAACGAAACCGUACACCAUUUCACUGUGGACAUUACACCCUCUUUCAGAUAUGGGAGACAUGGGAGACCCACCAAAAAAAAAACGUCUGAUUUCCCUAUGUGUUGGUUGCGGCAAUCAAAUUCACGAUCAGUAUAUUCUGAGGGUUUCUCCGGAUUUGGAAUGGCAUGCGGCGUGUUUGAAGUGUGCAGAGUGUAAUCAGUAUUUGGACGAGACCUGUACGUGCUUUGUUAGGGAUGGCAAAACCUACUGUAAAAGAGAUUAUAUCAGGUUAUACGGCAUCAAGUGCGCCAAAUGCAGCAUCGGCUUCAGCAAGAAUGACUUCGUGAUGCGCGCCCGCGCCAAGGUGUACCACAUCGAGUGUUUCCGCUGCGUGGCCUGCAGCCGCCAGCUCAUCCCAGGCGAUGAAUUCGCGCUGCGGGAGGACGGCCUCUUCUGCCGGGCGGACCACGACGUGGUGGAGCGGGCCAGCCUGGGCGGCGGGGACCCCCUCAGCCCCCUGCACCCCGCCCGGCCGCUGCAGAUGGCAGCAGAACCUAUCUCUGCCAGACAGCCAGCUCUGCGGCCCCACGUCCACAAGCAGCCUGAGAAGACCACCCGAGUCCGGACUGUCCUUAAUGAAAAACAGCUUCACACCUUGAGGACCUGCUACGCUGCCAACCCCAGGCCUGACGCCCUCAUGAAAGAGCAACUGGUAGAAAUGACUGGCCUCAGCCCGAGGGUCAUCAGGGUUUGGUUUCAAAACAAGCGAUGCAAGGAUAAAAAAAGGAGCAUUAUGAUGAAGCAACUUCAGCAGCAGCAACCCAAUGACAAAACUAAUAUCCAAGGGAUGACAGGAACUCCUAUGGUGGCUGCUAGUCCGGAGAGACAUGACGGGGGUUUGCAGGCGAACCCCGUGGAGGUGCAGAGUUACCAGCCGCCCUGGAAAGUACUGAGUGACUUCGCGUUGCAGAGUGACAUAGACCAACCUGCUUUUCAGCAACUAGUUAAUUUUUCGGAAGGAGGACCCGGUUCCAAUUCUACUGGAAGUGAAGUAGCAUCAAUGUCCUCUCAGCUGCCAGAUACACCCAACAGCAUGGUAGCCAGUCCUAUUGAGGCAUGAGGAACACUCAUUCAGAUUUCUGUUGUUGUUGUUUCUGCCCUUAUCCUCAUCCCGUUGGAGAGAGUGGGAAAGUGAACGUGUUGUGACUCCGAAAUUUAGGGGGAAAGAAUAUUUAACAACCCUGUAAGACACCUAGCAAGGAACUGUUCCAUGAGAUGAACGGAGUCAUGUUUGAAAAGACAAGGUAAUAUGGUAGCAACACUGUGAAGACAAUCAUGGGAUCUCACUAGAAAAAAAUACUAAAAAGAACCACAAACCCCGCGCUUUUCAAUGAUCAGAGGAGGAUCAAAAAGACGUUUUCCAAAUGUAAAGGAUUUGUACUUGUGGAUC